CAGGACCUCAACAAUCAAUCACGAGAGACGGACACGAAGAUCAGAUCCAGCUCCAGCUCCAGUCAGAUCUGAACUGAAUUGAUUCAGCCGCAUCUGAAAUUAGAAGACUAAAUUAACGACACUAGACGUACACUAACUACUGAACUACUAAAACAACUCAGCGAUGGCCAGCGAUCAGGUUUUGUUGGAUGUGGACGUGCCGCAGGUGAUGCUCGUACGUGAGAAGGUCAGAUCAGACUCAGGAAUGUGGAGAACGUGUGGAGUUCUUCUUGCCGUGGCUCUCUGCGCAGCUGCUGCAGUCUGCUUUACUCUACUAAAGACACAAAAUAAACCAGAUGAAGCACAAGAAAUCAAGCACUCCCUGAGGCAGAUUUCCGAGUCAGCGAAGGCUGCGAUUCAUCUCUCAGGUCAAUACAACUUAAGCGUUGAGGAUUCUGUGGCAUGGUCCAACAACGCAGACCAGUCUUUCAUGUCAGGCUUAAAACUGGAGGACAACAAGAUCAAGAUUCUCCGUAACGGCCUCUACUUCGUUUACAGCCAGGCCUCGUACCACCUGAACUGCCUGGCCGAUAACGAGGACAACGAAGGCCAUGUGGUUCACAUGAGCCACACCGUCUCUCGCUGGUCCGACUCCUACAGCACAUGGAAGCCACUGCUGAGCGCCACCAGAUCAGCCUGCAGGCAAACACACAAAGGCUACCAGUCGAACUGGUUCGGCGCUAUCUACCUAGGAGCCGUGUUCGAGCUGCAUGCUGGAGACCAGCUGCGCACCAACAUGGACAAGAAACUGCUGUCCAGAGUGGAGACCGCACACGGGAAAACGUUUUUCGGAGCUUUCUCCUUAUAAAGAUCUAAAAUGUAGUCAUGUUAAAGCUUUGUAAUGGUUCCUAGACACGGAACCUAGAGUGACUAGUAUUCAUUGUUUUGCAUCAAAACAAACGUACUGUAUGUAAUGUCAUGUUGAACGGAACCUUAGACUACUGAAACAGACUGAGAUGAACAAAAUGGUGUCACUGACGACACGAUCUAAAGAUGAAGAUGAACGCUCUGCCAAUUUUUUUAAAUGAUUUAUGUAUGGAUAUAUUU